CUUGCUCUUCUCGUGUUGAGUGUCGCGUGCUGUACUGUGUGAUUAGUGCGGCGAAUAUUUGUUCGUGAACGAGUAGCGUGUUAUACAAAUUGUGAUAUAAAAAUGGCUCUACACGUGCCGAAGGCGCCCGGCGUGGCUCAAAUGUUGAAGGAUGGAGCUCGUUACUUUUCAGGACUCGAGGAAGCAGUAUAUAGGAAUAUCAGUGCUUGCAAACAGUUCUCGCAGACUAUCCGCACUGCCUAUGGACCAAAUGGUAUGAACAAAAUGGUCAUAAAUCACAUUGAAAAGCUAUUUGUCACGAGCGAUGCCGCUACUAUUAUCAAAGAGCUGGAAGUUGAACAUCCAGCUGCAAAGCUAAUGGUCUUAGCUUCGGAAAUGCAAGAGGCGGAAGUUGGAGAUGGCACAAAUUUUGUCAUAAUCUUUGCCGGAGCUCUACUGGAGGCUGCUGAAGAACUCCUGCGCCUGGGUGUGACCACUUCUGAAAUAGUAGAAGGAUAUGAAGCGGCAUUGGAAAAGGCGUUAGAGAUUCUACCGACGCUUGUUGUGUGUGAGGUAAAAGACUAUCGCGAUCUUUCACAGAUUGAAAAAGGUAUAAGAGCAGCGAUAAUGAGUAAACAGCUAGGAAACGAAGAUCUCCUCACAUCCCUUGUCAGUAAGGCAUGCAUAUCCAUAUUGCCUGAAAAGACGACAUUUAAUGUAGACAACAUUCGUGUCUGCAAAAUCCUUGGCGCUGGUCUGAAUUCAUCACAGGUUGUUCAGGGAAUGGUAUUCAGACGGCAUGUAGAGGGCGAUGUCACUAAAAAACCCCAGGCAAAAAUUGCGAUAUAUACUUGUGCUGUCGAUGUGAUCCAAACCGAGACAAAAGGUACUGUGCUGAUAAAAUCUGCAGACGAACUGAUGAAGUUCUCUAGGGGUGAGGAAUCCCUGCUCGAAGCUCAGAUCAAAGCAAUAUCUGAUGCUGGUGCUGACGUUGUCGUCUCCGGCGGAAAAUUCGGAGACAUGGCACUUCAUUACAUAAAUAAGUACAACUUGAUGGCUGUACGAUUACCAAGCAAGUUUGAUCUCCGUCGUUUAUGUAAAGCCGUGGGUGCGACCGCGCUUUCAAAACUGAUACCACCAAACAAGGAAGAACUAGGGUAUGCCGACACAGUCCACGUUGAUGAAGUUGGGGACACAACUGUGGUCGUGUUCAGGGUUGAUGGAAACGAGAGCCGCAUAAGCACAGUUGUUAUCCGUGGAUCAACAGACAAUUAUAUGGAUGAUAUCGAACGCGCGAUCGACGAUGGAGUAAACACAUUCAAGGGUUUGACAAAGGAUGGUCGAUUCUUGCCUGGUGCUGGAGCCGUCGAAGUCGAAUUAGCUUCGCAAAUUGCUGCUCAUGCCAACACCCUGCCAGGUCUGGAGCAGUACGCCGUCCGCAAGUUUGCGUCCGCCCUUGAGACAUUUCCAAAAACACUUGCUGAAAAUAGCGGGAAUCGAGCUUCUGAGUUGUUAUCGAAACUUUACGCUGCCCACAAAGAAGGAAAAAAGAAUUAUGGCUUCAAUAUCGAAGACGAAGGAUCCGUGGUUGUUGACGCAGUCGAAGCUGGGAUACUGGAUCUCUACAUUACAAAGCUUUGGGCUCUCAAGUAUGCCGUUGGUGCUGCAUGUACCAUCUUGAAAGUUGAUCAAAUAAUUAUGGCCAAACGUGCCGGAGGUCCCAAAGCUCGUGCUGGUGGCCACAACAGCGACGAUGAAGAUUAACAACCUCUGAACUACAACUAACUGAUUGUUCAUGGGUUAUUCAUGUGGUAUCCUCGACUCUUAAUCCCGUUGGAUGCACUAGCUUAUCUCGAUUGUGAGAACUCGGUUCAGUCGCCUUCUAUAUUGUGACCGGGUAAGCGAAUAACUUCAUUUUUUUACCUCGUUCAAUUCAACGGGUUAAGCCCCGUAUAAUAUUUGCUAUAGGAACAUUGAACAAAGUAUCGAAUUUUUUCAUCGCCCACUUCCGAUUAUUUACUUCUCUUUUCAACACGCUCGUCAAGAACAUGCAGUACUGUACGCUUUGUUCUAAAAAAGUUUCUGAAUUAAUAAUAAUUUGCUAUCUUGUAAAACUCAUUGUCUAAUUUAUCAUACUUAUAUGACGGUUGGGAGAGAUGAAACGAUUUCAAAUGUC